AUGCCGCCCACUGCCCCGGCGCACGGCGCAGCACUGCCUCCGGCGCACGGCGCAGCACUGCCUGCGGCGCCCCCCACAGCAGCGGUGUCAGCGUCGUCAGCAGCAACCCCAGUUGUUGAACAGGCCACUCAUACACUGGUGACCCUGCUGAAGAAGUCCAAGGGCCGCGGCGCAGUGAACACGCUUCGCCGCGCACAGGACGCGAUAUUGGCCGUCGCCGCCGCGUCCGCCGACGACACCAGCACGGCGCUGCCUGGCGCGCUGCUGAAUGACAUGCUCGCGUCUGCCCCCGGCUUCCUGGCCCGCGCUGUCGCCUGCCUCUCGAGCGCCAACGACGCCACCGCCGCGGCCGCGGCGGGCGUGCUGGGCAUGCUCUCCACGUGCACGCCCGAGGCGUGUGCCCUGAUCCUGCAGCAGGGCGGCGCCGUGCAGGCGCUGCUGACGCUCGUGGACGGCAGGCGCUCCGGCGCUAGCCGUGAUGCGAGCACCAACGCCCUCAUCUGCCUUUCAAACCUGGGCUCUUUCGGCGGCGAGGCGCCCCUGCGCCAGCUGGCGGCCGAGCCGACGUUCCUAGACGCCGCGUGCGCGCGCGUCGCCGGCGAGGGCGACGCCUGUGGCUAUGCGGCGGCCCGCGCGCUCCACGCUAUGGUGUUCCUGCCUGCAGACCGCGCCGACUGCGCCGCCGACAACCCAGCCGCCGGUGCCCCGCUCCUCACGCUCUUGUCGGCGAGCCUGGCGCCGCGGCACUGGCGCACGCUCGGGAUGCAAUUGUCGGAGCUCCUGCGCGCCGCCGCCGCGCCGGCCAGCGUCGGCGGCGCGGCGGCGGCGCGGCCCAACCCGGGUUUCGUGCGGACGGUCCUGCGCCUGGCGCGCGACGGGAUUGACUCGGAGAGCGCGAGGGCGCCGCUGCUGCAGCCGUGGUUCGAGACUGUCGAAAACCUCAAAGCAGUGGUGGCAGCGGCGGGGGCGGCGCGGCCGCGGGGCGUGCUGAUGGAGGUUCUCAUUGCGGAGCCGGACGCCGUGCUGUGCCUGGCGCGCCUGGCGAGCUCAACGAGCCCCCUGGUCGACCCCACGGGCGAAGCUCGCGCGGCCGCGGCAGACCUCCUGAUUACCCUGCUGGGCGACGCGGCCGACUUGCGCAACGGGCCCGUUUCGCGCCUGGCGGCCAGCGACGACGACGUCACGCCCCUGCUGCGCGGCUGGCCGGACCCCGCAGCCGCCGCGGAGCCGCUGCGCUUCGUGCCGGGCGUGCUAGCAAUGUUUGCCGUCGAGAUGUUGCCAGCCGCCAGGAAGCAGCUGGUGGGGGCGAUGGCUCGGGGGCUGGACCAUGAGCAGCGCGCUGAGUGGGUCGAGGCCGCAGCGUGGGCGCUGCGCGUGCUCACUGGCGUGGACCCCUACGGGUUGGCGCCGUUUGCGGCGGCCCACGACGAGCUGCUCGGCGCGAUUUUUCGCACCUUGGCCUCGGCCUGCGAGGCGGUGGCCGCGGCCGACAGCGGCGGCGGCGGCGGAGCCGGCGACGCGGCGGGGGCAGGGGCGGGGACGGGGCCCCGAGGCGGGGGCCCGCGCGGCGGCGGUGGGGACGGAGGGGCCAAUGGCGUCUGCAACGCCGGCGCGGGCGGCUCGGCGGGCGGUGGCGCUGCAGGCUCCUCCGGCAUUGGCGCAGAUGUUGGGAGCGGCGAUGGGGCCGAGGCGGCAGCGGUCUGUAGCCGCAACACCGCCGUCCACCUCACGGCCUCUCUGCUCCGCAUCAGCAGCGUAGUCAGCCUGGGCGCCGCCGGGCCCGUUGGGCCGACGCGGCCCCCCCACAUCGCCCUGCUUCAGUCCCUUGUCGCUGCGACGCGCCAGCUAUCUUCAGGCGUCUGCUGCUACGGCUGGAUUGGCGCCGCGUGCGCGGCCGAGGCGCUCGCGAGCCCAAAGCUGCUGCCGGCCCUCGCGGCGCAUGCAGUUGCCCCCGCAAGACUGUCAAGCGCCGCGCUGCUGCGGCCGUGGUGCGAGCUCGUGCGCGACGCCCCCGGCAUCCUGCGCCGCUGCAGCGCCGUGCUCGCCGACCUCGCGCGGCGGCAACGGCGGCGCUGCGAGCUGCGGGGCGGCGGCGGCGGGGACGUCGUAGAGGGCGAGGGCGACGAGGCAAUCGGGGACGGCGGCGAGGGUGAGGAGGACAGCGACGGCAGCGGCACCGGCGACGGGGCCGUGGCGGCGGCGCGGCCGCCUGGGCCUGGGGACUGGGAGGACCUGUGGGCGGCAGUCGCUGCGGUGGGCGGCUGCGGCGAGCUGAAAUCCCUGGCGCUGCUGGCGCUUGCGUUGGUGGAGGCGCGACGCUGCAUUGCCCGCGCCGGCCCAAACGCCGGCGCCGGCGCGGCGCCAAGCGGUGAGAGGGUGCGCGCGCGGCUGCUGCUCGACCGGCUGUGGGGGAUCAUGCUGGAGGAAGCUACUCUGGUCGCAGCUGCGCCCUACCCGGACGCGCGGACGGCGAGUGAGAUUGCGGCGGAGCGCGGGGGGCGGCUGGCGGCCGCACGCGACAGGGUCCGAGGCAUCGCCGAGGCGCGCGAGGCUGCGGUUUUGCGGGAGAUUGCGGGGAUGUCCCAAGCACUACCGUCGCAGUCACGACAGCAGUGGCGGGAGCAGCAGCAGCAGCAGGAGCUGCAGCAGCAGCAACAGCAGCUGCAACAGACGCCGCAGCUGCAGGAGCUGCUGCAGCAGCUGCAGCAGCUGCAGGAGAAGGAGCAGGAGGAGGAGGAGCAGCAGCAGUGCAUGGGUGCAUUGUGCGCCUUGAUGAAGGAACUGGGUUAUGCUGAGGAGGAGGAGGAGGAGGAGGAGCAGCAGCCCCAGCCCCAGCUGGAAGAGGCGAAGGAGGAGUGGUGGCUGCCAGCCGCAGUUUUGGCGGGGGCGCAGCCUGGCCAGGGCGAGGCAGCUGAGGCCAAGGCCAACACGCCCGCCGGCCGGCAGCGGCGGCGCUGCGCGUUCUGCGGCGCGACGGCGGCAGACGACACCAGCACGGCGCUGCCUGGCGCGCUGCUGCAGGAUUUGGUGGGCUGCAUGCGGACCACGGACUCAGGGGCGCUGCAGACGGUGCUCCAGGCGGCGGCAUUCCUGUCUCGAGGCAUCCCAAAGCCCAACCCGCGCCGGCUCCAGCUCGCGUCAGCCCCCGGCUUCCUGGCCCGCGCCGUCGCCUGCCUCUCCAGCGCCAACGACGACACCGCCACGGUCGCGGCGGACGCGCUGGCAACGCUCUCCGCGUUUGAGCCCGAGGCGUGUGGCCUGAUCCUGCAGCAGGGCGGCGCCGUGCAGGCGCUGCUGACACUCGUGGACGGCAGGCACUCCGGCGCGAGCCCCCACACGAGCGCCAACGCCCUCAACUGCCUCGCCAACCUGGGCGCCUUCGGCGGCGAGGCGCCCUUGCGCCAGCUGGCGGCCGAGCUGGCGUUCUGGAUGCUCUUGGCGCCGCGCCACUGGCGCGCCCUGGGGGCGCGGCUCUUGGAGCUCCUGCGCGCUGUCGCUGCGCCGCUGUUGAGCGGCGGCGGACCCGCGGCGGCGCGCCCCGACCCAGAAUGUUUGCACGUGGUCCUGCGCCUGGCAUGGGACGGGGUCGUGGCGGAGAGUGCGAGGGCGCCGCUGCUGCAGCCGUGGUUCAAGACUGUCGAAGCCCUUGACGCGGUGGUGGCGGCGGGGGCGGCGCGGCCGCGGGGCGUGCUGAUGGAGGUGCUCAUUCAAGAGCCGGAUGCUGUGCUGUGGCUGGCGCGCCUGGCGAGCUCGUGGAGCCGCCUGGUCGACCCUACGGGCGAACUUCGCAUGGCCGCGGCGGACCUCCUGAUCACCCUGCUGGGGGACGCGGCCGACUUGCGCGGCGGCCCCGUUUCGCGCUUGGCGGCCAGCGACGAUGAUGUUUUGCCCCUGCUGCGCCGAUGUUUGGACCCCAACGCCGCUCUUGCUUCGCUGCGCUUCGUGCCGGGCGUCCUGGCGAUGUCUGCCGGAGACAUGUCGCCGGCCGCCAUGGAGCAGUUCGCACACACGGUGGCUCGGGGCCUGGGCGGGCGGCGCGCCGAGUGGGUGGAGGCCGCCGCGUGGGCGCUGCACGUGCUCACUGACAUGGGCCCCUGCGAGGUGGCCCCGUUUGCGGCGGCCCAGGCAGAGCUGCUCAAUGCAAUCGCUCGCGCCCUGACAUCCGCCUCCGAGGCGGCGGCCGCAGCCGGCGGCGGCGGUGGCGACGGCGGCGUAGCGGAGGCGGCCGCAGAGGCGGAGUCCGGGGAGGGGGCGUGGAGCGGGAGCCGGCGCGGCGGCGGCGGGGAUGGAAGGGCCGACGGCGUUCGCAACUGCGGCGGGGGCGGCGCGGCCGGCGGUGGGAGCUCUGCAGGCCCGCCCAGCAUUGCUGACAUCGGCGUCGGCAGCGAGGCUGCAGCUGCCUGCGGCCGCAGGACCGCAGUCCAUCUCACAGCCUCCCUGCUCUGCAUCAGCAAAGUAGUCAGCCUGGGCGCCGCCGGGCCUGUCGGGCCAAUGUGGGGCCCCCACAUCGCCCUGCUCCGGUCCCUCGUCGCCGCGACGCGCCUGCUGUCCCUGGGCGGCGGCUGCCACAGCUGGCUCGGCGCCGCGUGCGCGGCCCAGGCCCUCGCGAGCCCGCAGCUGCCGCCGGCCCUCGUGGCGCACGCCAAUGUCCCCGCCGAAGCGUCAAGCCCGUCUCUGCUGCAGCCGUGGUGCGAGCUCAUGCGCGACGCCCCAGGCAUCCUGCGCCGCUGCAGCGCCGUGCUCGCCGACCACGCGCGGUUGCGGCAGCGGCGCUGGGAGCUGCGUGGCGGCGGCGGCGGCGGCGGCGGCGGCGUUGGGGACGAGGGCGAUGGGGCAGGGGCGGCGUGCGAGCGUCUGAGCAAGGAAGAGGAAGCUGGGACCGCCGCGGCAGCCGCGGCAGCCGAGGCAGCCGAGGCUGUCGCGGCAGCUGCGGCGCACGCGGUAUGCCGCUGUGUGCUCGCCGUGCUCGCCCAUGUGCUGAUAAUGCGGCUCCCUGGCUCAGGGCGCCACGCUGUGUGGCCGCUGGCGACCGGGGACGGCGGCGAGGGUGAGGAGGACGGCGGCGGCGGCAGCCGGAGUAGGGCGGGCGGGGCCAUGGUGGCGGCUGCAGUAGCGCCUGGGCCUGGGGACUGGGACGAGCUGUGGGCGGCGGUCGCUGCAGUGGGCGGCUGCGGCGAGCUGAAAUCGCUCGCGCUGCUGGCGCUUGCAGUGGUGGAGGCGCGGCGCUGCAUCGCCCGUGCCGGCACGGACCCCGGCGCCGGCGCGGUGCCAAGCAGCGACGCGGCGCGCGCGCGUCUGCUGCUUGACCAGCUUUGGGAGAUUGUGCAGGAGGAAGCUGCUGUAGUGGCAGCUGCGCCGUACCCGGACAUGCGGACGGCGAGUGAGAAAGCCGCAGAGCGCGGGGCGCGGCUGGCGGCGGCGCGCGACGCGGUCCGCUGCGUGGUCCAGGCGCGCGAGGCUGCGGCGCGGCAGGAAUUUGCAGAGGUUUCGCGAGCCCAGCCGUUGCAGUGGCAACAGACACAGCAGCGGCGGGAGACGCAGCAGCUGCAGCAGCAGCUGCAGCAGGUGCAGCAGGUGCAGCAACAGCUGCAACAGCGCCUGCAGCAGCAGCUCCAGCUGCUGCAGCAGCACUUGCAGCAGAUGCAGCCACAGCCACAGCCACAGCCACAGCAGCAGCAGCAGCAGCAGCAGCAGCAGCAGCAGCAGCAGCAGCAGGAAGUGCAGCAGAUGCAGCAGCAGGUGCAGGAGGCGCUGCGGCACGUGCAGCAGCUGCAGCAGCAGCUGAAUGUAUGGAGCGCCCGGACCAAGUGGUUGGACCAUGCUAACAAAGACGAGGAGGAGGAGGAGCAGCAGCAGCAGCAGCAGCAGCAGCAGCAGCAGCAGCAGCAGGGGGAGGAGGAGGGUGGAGAGGAGGCGGCUUGCUAUCGCAGUAAUGGGGAGGAUGAGAGUGAGCGAUGGGCUCGGCUGUUUGCUGCCAGCCCCACCCUCGUCGCCGCGCUACACAAUAGGAACGACUUCACUUGCAGCACCUGCGUUGGCCGAGGCCCGCCGCCAGGGCCCCCCGGCGCCUGCCUUGACCCAGCCAUAAACGGCCGCCUGACCGCAACGGUGCGCACCCCUGGGGCCAUGUCGCCAGGCGGCGGGCUCGCCUGCUGGCUCGCGGCGGCGGCGGACGCGAUCGAGGUGGCAUAUGCGGACUUUGAGGCGGUGGGUGCGGGCGAGUGUCAUGCGUAUCACGAGCCGCUGGUCCCUCCAGGGUGGCUACCAGCUGCAGCUGCGGCGGGGGCGCGGCGGCGCCAAGGCAAGGGGGGUGAGGCCGAGGCCAGCACGCCCGCCGGCCGGCAGCGGCGGCACUGCGCGUUCUGCGGUGCGACAGCGGCGGACGGCGCACAGCUGCGGCGCUGCGCGGGGUGUGGCCCCGUGACGGGCGUGCGCUACUGCAGCCAGGCCUGCUGCCGGAACCACUGGGUGCGGGCCGGGCACAGGCGGUGGUGCGAGGAGGCGCAGCGGCAGCUGCGGGCGCAGGAACCCGCUGUGGGUGGUUUGACUUGA